CGUGACUCUUGACUCGUGCAUUCACAUUCACGACCCGCGCUGGAAAGUUCGGGUGAGCAGAUGCUCUCUUGCGCGCAAUCAUGUUUCUGCACUCGAUCGGGCUCAAGAUAGCAGCACGCUUUCUUACGAAGAAUUACAAAUCAUGAAUCACGAAUCAAAUGGAUGCAUGGCUCUUCCGGCCAGGACGCGCGGCAAUCUUGAAUCAUGCGAACUCCGAAUCAAGAAGCACGAACCAGUGAAUGACGAGUCACAAGUCAUCAAGCUCUCUCAUCUUUGACUUGGGACUCGUGACUGUUGCAGAAUCACGGAGACUGGAUCGUGAGUUUGCCAUCUUGAAUGCAGGGCAUCCGGCCCCAGCUGCUGGUAUAUCGCGCGACAAUCAAUAUUCAAAUCUUGAAUCAAGGCGAUGGGAACCUGCAAGUCUGAGUGCUGGGCGCAAGAUGAUCAAGUCAUUUUGUCUCGUGUGGCUUAAAUCAGCAAAUCAACCCUCGAAGAGCAGUUUAGUAGUCGUCAGCAGCACACGCAAUCGAGGCACUUCGGCAGAAGAGUCACUCACGGGGACGCUUGCCCCACGCUGCCGAACAGCAGUCGACAGCAGCUAUACAAGUCUUGAUCGAUUGCGUUGACUCGCUCUACUGAUUGGUUCUGAAACGCUAUACAGCACAUGAUCAGACUCGAUCAAGGCUCAUCAUGACUUUGCAAGACGCC